AUGGGAAAGAAAGCGCCAGAGGGCCUGGGGUUAAUGCCUAUGAGCGAAACCAAGCCAUUGGAUGAGACCCAGAAUCAUGGCCCUUCUGUGGUUGAACGGGGUGGAGGCACAGGUGGUUUAUCCACGAUCGAGGCCCAGGGGGAACAGCAGUUGAGCGUGCCAGCGGCACAUCCUGGGGGGAUACCCCAAUCGUCAGGACGUUAUAGCGUUGCAUUUAAAGUAUGUCUCAUCUUGGCGCUCUUCGUUUGUGCGUCUCUUAGUGUGGGCCGCACGGCUUUGGGAAGGGAUGGGAGGAUGGCUGUGGGCCGGGCUGCAUCUGGACGAGCACCCGAAACCGUAGCAGCUCCCGCGUCAGAUACUUUACACACCUGGGAGCGAAGAGUAAAAAGGAUGAAGGAGAUUGAGGAGGGCCUUCAGAAGGCACUUGGGGAAUAUAUGGGAAAGCCAGAAGGCCUUGGAACUUCCGGCACUAUUCCUGGGGGCGACGAUGUGGCGGCGUGUUUGGCCCGUGCAUUGGAUGCUGUGCGCAGCGCCUCUGCCUCUACACAAGAAGAGAUCGCUGAAAAAUACCUCAAGAAUGUAUUGGAAGCUUCCGAGAAAAACAGCCCCACCCUGCUUCUGGAGGAUUUUGUCAAAAGAGUGCAGGCAGCGGCGCCCUCCGAGGAGGAUACCAAUCCGGAGAAGGAGGAAGCUCAAAGCGCGAGACGUGCUCUUCUGGUGGCCGUGCUGGAGGGCUUUACAGCCAGGAUCGAAGCCCUAGAGCAUCUCAGGCUAGUGGCAGCAGCUGCAUGUAACGAGCAAGCGAGGUUGGAGAAGCAAGAGCCCAAGGAGAGCGUAGGGCUCGCGCAGUUGCUGAGGAAGGUGCAGGGGAUCCCUGAAGAGGAUGUUGGCCUCCGUUCCGGCAUUCGAAGCGCAACGGCUCCUCAGCCAUAUCCAGUAUUCAAGGGAAAAGCUUGCGGGGGACUUGAAGUAGACAUGGAAAGCUCCCGAUUUGUCCGUGAUAUGAUGAGGUCCCUGGAGACCAAAGGGCAGGGCAAGGAUUUCCUGAAAAAAGUCUUUGAAUCCCUAUCUGGAAUUCAUCGGCUCGACAGGACGUGCAGACCCUGGGCCAGCCAGCGCCUUUACUUUUGGGGGUUUCUCAGAGAUAACUGGACAGCAGAAGCCCACGAAAAGCUGUGCGAACUCCUCGAAGAACAGAGCCAAAGCACUGAGAGUCGGAGAGUAUCCAACCGAUCUUAUAUGAUAAGGGACGCUACGAAAUACCUUAGUGACUCUGGCCCAAAAGUUGAGGAAGUGGACGUAUUACUGCUCCAAAUGGCAAUAGCUCUUCUUUGA